ACACCAAGUGGUAACUUAACAUAUGAUAUUUUAAGUAUUACAACCAGCAAUAGUAAUCCAUUCAACUUCAAUCUACGUGACUAUUUCGUUCAGAGUCCUACAACUGGUGACGUUUAUAUAGCACAGGCUUUGAUUAAUGAAGGUGUACCAAGUAACUAUAAUUUGACGUUACGUGUACGAGAUCAAGCUGUGCCACCUAAAUCUGACAUAGGAACAAUGUUAAUAACAUUAGUACGUAAUAUCAACCCACCAAGAUUUGCUGCUUUAAACUAUAAUGGAACAGUAGAUACAACAUGGCAGAUUGGUCGAGUCAUUUUCAACGUUUCUGCUUUCGAUGAGGAUAGAAAUGUUCCCCUCAAUCGAGAUACCCUAAAUGCUCUGUUUGAUUAUUAUAUUGAUCCANAUGAUGCUAAAGCUAAUCAAUAUUUUGGUGUAAAUGAGAAUG